AUGUUCAUGCUCUUCGGCCAGUCUUCGCUGGUGGCUUACGUUGCGCCGCCAGUAGUCCUCGCCCUGGAGAGCAGUCCGGUCGUGCAGCGAUACGAUCUUUCCAGUCUCCGGAUGAUCAUGUCAGGCACCGCCCCUUUGGGCAGUGACCUUAUCAAGAGACUCUACGACAAGCUGAACAUACCACUCAGGCAAAGCUAUGGCUUGACCGAGACCAGCCCUGCAGCAUUCUCACGGAAUUGGGCUGACUGGGAUGAAGCAAUCGGCUCUGUGGGCAAGUUGGUCCCAAACAUGCAGGCCAAAUACAUGACCCUAGACGGCGACGGUAGCCCGCCGAUGGAACUGCGCCUGGGGGAGACGGGGGAGAUCUACCUACGGGGGUCCAAUAUUUUCCAAGGGUAUCACAAUAACCCAGAGGCUACAGACCAAGCACUCACUGCCGAGGGCUGGUUCCGCACGGGGGACAUUGGCCACCAGGACGCCAAGGGUAACCUUUUCAUCACCGGUAGGGCCAAAGACCUGAUCAAGUACAAAGGCUUUCAGAUCGCCCCGAACCCACUACACCGAACCCAACGUAUUGCAAUACGUGACCCAGCCAACAACUAUACAAAUAGAUUUGGCUAA